AUCCCCUUCAAAAUCACCAACUUUGAACACAGCAAAACAUGCUGUCGCCAUCUCCACUGUCUCUCUUCUGUGCUCUACUUCUCUGCUUACCCUUAGCCAUUGUCUUCACUAUCACAACCCCCACUACCAUCUCCUCUCAAAACUCUUCUAACCACACCCAUCGAACCCCACUCGUCAUUCUUCCACAGCCUCCACCGCCGCCAAUACCCAAAGAUGAUGAAUUACUCUUCCGAGUCGCUGCGCGUGUCAGCCGAAGACCCACUUCGAACAGAAAACUCGCGUUUAUGUUCCUCACCACUAUGCCUCUUCCUUUAGCCCCACUUUGGGAACUGUACUUCAACAACACUAGCAAGAAUCUGUACAAUAUUUACGUCCAUGCGGACCCGAGUUUUGAAUACGACCUCCCGUUUUCAGGCGUUUUUACUCAGCGAGUUAUACCUUCUCAAUCCUCUCUCCGCUUCACUCCCACUCUCGCUUCUGCCGCGCGUCGCUUACUUGCUCACGCUCUGCUGCAUGACUCGGGAAAUUACAUGUUUGCCAUGUUGUCUCCGUCUUGUAUACCCAUUCACUCUUUUAAUUUCACUUACGGAACACUGAUGAAAUCUAACAAGAGCUUCAUUGAGAUUCUUGAAAACGAGCCUGGGUCGUAUGACAGGUGGGCGGCGCGUGGUGAGACCGCGAUGUUACCAGAAGUGAAGUUGGAGGAUUUUAGGAUUGGGUCCCAGUUCUGGGUGUUGACACGUAAGCAUGCGAGGCUUGUGGUUAGUGACAGCUGGAUUUGGAGCAAGUUCAACAAACCAUGCAGAAACUAUGACACGUGUUAUCCGGAAGAGAAUUACUUUUCUACCCUUAUACACAUGCGGGAUCCAAGGGGGUGCGUGCCGGCCACGCUCACCCACGUGGACUGGAGUAUCAGUUCUGGGGGUCACCCGCGCGAGUACCAGGAGUCUGAGGUGGGACCGGAGCUGAUAUUUAAGUUGAGAAAUGACAAGCCAAGGUACGGUGAUGAUGGAAACAACGGGUCUGAUUUGGCUGUGAUGAAAGGGCGUCACCCAUUUUUAUUCGCAAGAAAGUUUUCUCGGGGUUCGAUCAAAGCGUUGUUGAGUAUAGCAAAUGAUGUCAUUUUCAAGGAUUAGGAUGCAGUUGAUGGCAUUUGUUGCAUCUUUGGGUAAAGUUAAUGAAAGAGCUGGGAAAAAACCCACUGUUCUUUGUCUCA